UAAAAUUCUCUCUUCCUCCUUUUCCUUCUAAAUUUUGUAUUUCCUGGGAAAUAUUCAUCAAAUUUUCAUUUCAUUGUUUCUAAUAAUUCUCUCAUCAUAUCACUUUAUCUAUCUUUGCAUUCAAUCGUGCCCUUUGCUUACAUAGGUUUUCAACAUGGCAAACGCAGCGUCAGGAAUGGCAGUAAAUGAUGAAUGCAAAUUGAAGUUUAUGGAGUUGAAAGCCAAAAGAAAUCAUCGGUUCAUAGUGUUUAAGAUAGAGGAGAAGCAGCAACAAGUGAUGGUAGAGAAGAUUGGAAAUCCAGACGAAACUUAUGAAGAUUUCGCCAAUGCUUUGCCUGCUAAUGAAUGUCGUUAUGCUGUUUAUGAUUAUGAUUUUACUACCAAAGACAAUUGUCAAAAGAGCAAGAUCUUCUUCUUUGCAUGGUCACCAGACGCAUCAAGAGUGAGAAGUAAGAUGUUGUAUGCAAGCUCAAAGGACAGAUUCAAGAGAGAGUUGGAUGGCAUUCAAGUUGAGUUACAAGCUACAGAUCCCAGUGAAAUGAGUUUUGACAUUGUUAAAGGCAGAGUUUAUUAAUUGGGAGGAAAAUUGAUGGUCACUGAAAUUAUUUCAAUUUUUUUAUUUUUUCAAAGAAAAAUUCCAUUUUUUUUUUUAUUAGUGUAGUGAUUGUUGAGAAAUGCUUUUGGGAAAUUAUAUGUGUGUCUUGUUUAGAGGAUUUCUGACAAAUUUGACAAUUAUUGUGUUUGUUAAUUUG